AUGGAGUGGGAAGUCAUUGGUGGUGCUGAUAAAGGCGGCAUCCUCGUGCGGGAAGGGCAGGCCUUGACUUCAAAGGCCUGUGAUGAUCGCCUUUCCACUGGUGCUUCCAUCAAAGAGCUCCAGCUGGCUGGCGACAGGCUUUGCUACGAGCUGCUGACAGGCACUGGCCCCAAAACGGGCUGGGUUAGCGUCAAGAUCAGCGGCAAGGAGCUCGUGGCCCGAAAGGCCGCUCCCGUGGAGGCCGUGAAAAUGCCCGACUUUGAGCCGCUCGAUGAGAACUACCCGUCCAUGAAGAAGGGUGCAUCUCCCACCGGCAAGACGCCUUGGUUGAAGAUGCUUGGGAAGACCAAUCCAGAUGCCAAGGGGCGUUUGAUAAUAUUCUCCUGGACGGGCAACAGGGGCGGGCAAGGCUCUGCCCACAACUUUAUGAAGCCGGCAUCGCCUUCUUGGGCAGAGCAUCUGAAGAGCUUCCAGCAAUACGAGGUGAACUAUCCAGGUCGAGGCACCCGCGUCAAGGACCCUCUGUACGAGGACCCCGCAAAGUAUGUGCAGGAUAUAGCCGCCGCUUUGCAGGAAGCUUUGAAGGAUGGCUUGCCUUUCGUACUGCUUGGCUUCUCCUUCGGCUCGAUUCUGGCCAUGGAAGUUGCCAGGUUGCUGCAGGCAAAGGACAUGGGUCCUUUGGCUGUUGUGGCGGUGAGCGCAGAGGCACCGCAGUGGCCGGGCCGAUCACGUCUGGGCUUGGCCAGUUUGGGCGAGGCAAAGUUUGAGCAGAUGCUGAAAGACAAGGGCGGGACCGAGUUCAUUUUGCAAGAUCCGGGCAUGAAGAAGAUGUUUGUGCCGGUCAUCACGGCCGACUGCAAACUAGAAGAGAACUACAGAUUUGAUACUUCAGCUGGACCGCUGAAGUGUCCCCUGCUAGUCUACUACGGCAAGAAAGAAGGACAUGAUAAGAUGAAGACAGUCAUCGAUUCUGGAUCGGUCGAACCCUGGAUGGAGCUCACAGCUUGUCCCAAGCUUUCAAAAGUUCAAGUUCUCGACAGCGAUUGGUAUGUCUUUCAAGAGGCUGGUGCGACUGAAGCAGUAGCAGCCGGGGUGCUGGAUUUGUGUAAAGGUAGGUUGGAAGGCUAG